CAUUUCUUGUUUCAGCAAUAAAAGAGUUAAUACAGUAAGCAGGAGAGACUGAGACACUGCACUGGGAUAGUGCUUUCUGUCUCGGUCAUUUGUGGUCUAAGAAAAGGGGGUGGUAUUCUGCAUUUGAAAGGACUUUAAUGAAUGCUGUGAGUGUUUGGUGAGAGCUAAUGGUCAGAUUGGGAAAGGAGAGCCGGGAAGUGGUCUAGCUGCUUCAGGAUAGGUGGAUCAGAGUUUGCUGUGAUUGAACGGAAUGUUCCACCGUGUUUCAUCUUUAUUCAUUAUCCUUUGUUCUUUAUAAUCUGAUAGAUAUAUUGGCAUGCAAGUAAAUAUAGAUAUAUGUGAAUGUGAUUUAUUUUCCUUUCAAUCUGUUUGUUGUGUACAGCAGGGCAUAUACUUCUCUUGUCUUGGUUGGAUGCACAUAUCUCUGUGUGCAGUGCUUUUUGCCCGUUGCCUAGACGAUCACUUGGUUUCACUGAGGAUGUCUGGUUCUCGUAAAGAGUUUGAUGUGAAACAGAUUUUGAAAAUCAGAUGGAGGUGGUUUGGCCAUCAAGCAUCAUCUCCUAAUUCUGCAGUUGACAGCCAGCAGGGAGAAUUUUGGAAUCGAGGACAGACUGGAGCAAACGGUGGGAGAAAGUUUUUAGAUCCAUGUAGCCUACAAUUGCCUUUGGCUUCAAUUGGUUACCGAAGGUCCAGCCAACUGGAUUUUCAGAAUUCACCUUCUUGGCCAAUGGCAUCCACCUCUGAAGUCCCUGCAUUUGAGUUUACAGCAGAAGAUUGUGGCGGUGCACAUUGGCUGGAUAGACCAGAAGUGGAUGAUGGCACUAGCGAAGAAGAAAAUGAAUCUGAUUCCAGUUCAUGCAGGACUUCCAAUAGUAGUCAGACAUCAUCUUGCCAUACCAUGGAACCAUGUUCAUCAGAUGAAUUUUUUCAAGCCCUUAAUCAUGCUGAGCAAACAUUUAAAAAAAUGGAAAACUAUUUGAGACAUAAACAGUUAUGUGAUGUAAUUUUAGUUGCUGGUGAUCGAAGAAUUCCAGCUCACAGAUUGGUGCUCUCCUCUGUCUCAGAUUAUUUUGCUGCCAUGUUUACUAAUGAUGUCAGAGAGGCAAGACAAGAAGAAAUAAAAAUGGAAGGUGUAGAACCGAACUCAUUAUGGGCCUUGAUUCAGUAUGCAUAUACAGGCCGCCUAGAAUUGAAAGAAGAUAAUAUUGAGUGCCUGUUGUCCACAGCCUGCCUCCUUCAGCUUUCACAGGUUGUGGAAGCAUGCUGUAAGUUUUUAAUGAAACAACUUCAUCCAUCCAACUGUCUUGGAAUCCGUUCUUUUGCUGAUGCCCAAGGUUGUACAGAUUUGCAUAAAGUGGCUCACAAUUAUACAAUGGAACAUUUUAUGGAAGUAAUAAGAAACCAGGAGUUUGUGCUCCUCCCAGCCAGUGAGAUUGCAAAGCUCCUGGCCAGUGAUGACAUGAACAUUCCUAAUGAGGAGACUAUACUGAAUGCACUUCUGACCUGGGUCCGGCAUGAUUUGGAACAGAGACGGAAAGAUCUCAGCAAGCUUUUGGCUUAUAUUAGGCUACCUCUGCUUGCACCACAGUUUCUAGCAGAUAUGGAAAAUAAUGCACUUUUUCGGGAUGACAUAGAAUGUCAGAAACUCAUUAUGGAAGCAAUGAAAUAUCAUUUAUUACCAGAGAGACGACCUAUGUUACAGAGUCCUCGGACAAAGCCUAGGAAGUCAACUGUUGGUACUUUAUUUGCCGUUGGAGGAAUGGACUCAACUAAAGGAGCAACAAGUAUUGAAAAGUAUGAUCUCCGUACAAAUAUGUGGACUCCUGUAGCGAAUAUGAAUGGGAGGAGGCUGCAGUUCGGUGUUGCAGUGUUGGAUGACAAACUGUACGUGGUUGGAGGCAGAGAUGGACUGAAAACUUUGAAUACUGUAGAGUGCUACAACCCCAAAACAAAAACUUGGAGUGUGAUGCCUCCUAUGUCUACACAUAGACAUGGCCUUGGUGUGGCUGUGCUGGAAGGCCCCAUGUAUGCUGUGGGCGGGCAUGAUGGCUGGAGCUACCUGAACACAGUGGAGCGAUGGGACCCCCAGGCUCGCCAGUGGAAUUUUGUAGCCACUAUGUCCACACCCAGGAGCACAGUGGGAGUGGCUGUACUAAGUGGAAAACUUUAUGCAGUUGGCGGCCGUGAUGGAAGUUCCUGUCUCAAAUCAGUAGAAUGUUUUGAUCCUCACACCAAUAAAUGGACACCAUGUGCACAGAUGUCAAAAAGGAGAGGUGGGGUGGGAGUAACAACCUGGAAUGGGUUGCUGUAUGCUAUUGGAGGACACGAUGCCCCCGCAUCCAAUCUCACUUCCAGACUCUCAGACUGUGUGGAGAGAUAUGAUCCCAAAACUGAUAUGUGGACCGCCGUGGCAUCUAUGAGCAUCAGCAGAGAUGCAGUGGGGGUGUGUUUGCUUGGCGAUAAGUUAUAUGCUGUUGGGGGCUAUGAUGGACAGACAUACCUUAACACAGUGGAGGCCUAUGACCCCCAGACAAAUGAGUGGACCCAGGUUGCACCACUCUGCCUAGGAAGAGCUGGAGCUUGUGUUGUGACUGUAAAGUUAUAAUUCAAUGCUUUGUUUUCUAAAUGAAGAUACCUUCUUCUUUCACUAAUUUUGUACAAUUAUUCUACUAUCAAUGGAUACAUUUUUAGUAAGUGCACAAUGCCACAUUCCUGGGCACAAAGUGCCUCAUCUCAAAGUGAAGAUAUUAAAACAAGGAAGGAAGGAGUCUAUGGACCAAUGGUAAAGGCACAUUUCUCCAUAACUCAGAACUACAACCAGUGGAUUUUGAACAUACAUUCCUAAUAGAAAAUCUGAGGACAAGUGCACUGCUCCAAAGCAAUCCAUUGCUAACUAGGAGUUUCAUUUCUUCCAUAGUCAAGUAGAUUCUACUCACAUUGUCCCGAUUUAUUACAGUGCAGACAUAACAGAUAAAACUUCUAGAAUACUGUUUUAUAAGUUUAUCCUAUGAGUUACAGUUAUUUUUGUUUAAUCACAACCACUAUUUUAAUGACUAUACUGUUUAGUUUUUCACAGAUAGCUAUUACUCUUUGGUUGUGAAUUUUACUUCUGAAGUUGGCUUGGUCCAAUAAACAAAGAAAAACACUAAAGCAUUAAAAUAAUAAUGACCAAAUAGGAUUGAUGUGAUCUUUGCAUGGUUAUUCAGUAUUCAUUCCAUUACAUCCAGAUUUACCAAGAACUAUAUGUAUGAUAUUCUUCAAUUGAAAUUAAAAUGUUUUACAUUAAAUUUAAGAUAUGCAAAUUAAUGUAGAGAGAAAAAUAUUAUAUACCUGUAAUGUUAUUUCACCUAACUAGUAUUUAAUUAUAUGGAUUACAACAGAUUAUUUGAUUUUGUCUUUUGAUAUUCACAAUUCUUAUGUCCUCAAGUUUGCAUUUCCUCCCUGCCUUGUUGCUUUUGUUUACUAUAAUUAAUAAUCUAUUGUGCUUCCUGUACUCAAACUGUUUAACAGAAUGGGCUAACUGAAUGUUUGAAGACCAGAAUUUUAGAUAUUUGUUACCCAGAGUUUUGUACACUUGUAAACUCUAUAAUUACAUAUGUGAAUGUUAGUGCUCUCAGUGAGUUAUUGUUUGCAAAAAUGCACUGGGCAGUAAAAUUUUGUGAAAUAUCCUAUUAAUUGUAAUUCACUAACUUAAUAUAAACUAAGUAUAAGCUAAAUUCCCAUCUUUUAAAAUACA